CUCUCAUCCCCCUCCAAACCCCAAACCCCUCAGCAGCAGCCGACAAAGAAUCCAAUUCUGCCCCAGGAGCCUGUCAGGUAGAAAACGUGAAAUUACUCGAUCGCUAUGUAGCCAAGAAAUCGGCCAACGGGACCCUGUACCUGACUGCCACACACCUCAUCUACGUAGACGUAUCUGCUGAAGUCCGGAAGGAAACGUGGAUUUUGCACCACCACAUUGCCAGUGUGGAGAAACUGCCUCUUACCCCUGCAGGGUGUCCCCUGCUCCUCCGCUGCAAGAACUUCCGAGUGGCUCACUUCGUCUUCGGGUCCGAGCGCGAGGGCCAUGCGGUUUAUUCCUCUCUCCUGAAGCUUUCCCAACCAGUGAAACCAGAUGAACUCUACGCUUUUGCGUACAACCCCAAGUCUUCCAAAGACAGCCGGGAAAGUGGAUGGAAACUGAUUGACGUGAAAGCAGAUUACCGGCGAAUGGGGAUACCAAAUGAAUACUGGCAGAUAACAGAGGCCAACAAGAACUACGAGGUCUGCAGUACUUACCCUCCUGACUUGGUGGUGCCAAAAACGGCCAACAGGACUACAGUGGUGGGAAGUGCCAAGUUUAGAAGCCGAGGAAGGAUCCCGGUGCUUUCGUACUUCUACAAGGCGAACAAUGCCGCCAUAUGCCGCUGUAGCCAACCCCUGUCUGGGUUCAGUGCUCGCUGCCCUGAGGAUGAGCAGAUGCUGCAAGCCAUCAGCCAGGCCAAUCCGGGAAGCCCGUUCAUGUAUGUCGUAGACACGCGGCCAAAGCUGAACGCCAUGGCCAAUCGUGCAGCCGGAAAAGGGUACGAAAACGAGGACAACUACGCCAACAUUCGUUUCAAGUUUAUCGGCAUUGAAAACAUCCACGUGAUGCGAAGCAGCUUGCAGAAACUCCUGGAAGUCUGUGAAAUGAAGGCCCCAUCCAUGAGUGACUUCCUGGCUGGCUUGGAGAACUCCGGGUGGCUGAGGCACAUCAAGGCCGUCACGGACGCCGGGAUCUUCCUCGCGCAGGCGGUGGAAAGAGAGAAGGCCAGCGUCUUGGUCCAUUGUUCAGACGGGUGGGACCGUACGGCGCAGGUCUGCUCUCUGGCCGGCAUCCUCUUGGAUCCCUUCUACAGGACCUUCAAAGGGCUCAUGGUGCUGAUUGAAAAGGAAUGGAUAUCCAUGGGCCACAAAUUCUCCCAAAGGUGCGGUCACCUAGAAGGGGACCCCAAGGAGGUGUCGCCGAUCUUCACCCAGUUUGUGGAGUGUGUCUGGCAGCUGAUGGAGCAGUUCCCCUGUGCCUUUGAAUUCAACGAACGGUUCCUGCUGGAGAUUCACGACCACGCCUUCUCCUGCCAGUUUGGAAAUUUCCUCGGGACCUGCCACAGGGAACGGGAGGAGCUGAAAAUCUGUGAGAAGACACAUUCCCUGUGGCCCUUCCUGUUACAGAAGAAACAGGAGUUUCGGAAUCCACUCUACAAGGGCGUCACUGCUUACGGGACCCUACAACCCAACACUUUACCUUUCAGCUUUCAGUUUUGGUGUGGGAUGUUCAACCGAUUCGACAAAGGCAUGCAUCCCAAACAGAGCGCCCUGGACCACCUCCUCACCUGCCUGAGACAGAAAACAGAGUUGGAGGAGAACACGACCCAGCUGGAGAACGUGAGUUCCCCUGGCCAGAAACUGCCGGACCUCGGCCGUCCCUUCUCGGAACGCCCCGGCACACAGCCCGAGAAGACGUCGGUUAAGCCUCCGAGAAGCCCACUGGCCGACAGCCCCCUAAGGUGCGAGGAGGAGCCGUCCGCUCCGUUCCCCAAUGGCAGCCUCACCCCUAACCUGGCCCCAAGGCCGAAAGAGAGCCCGCCCCCUCCCCACAGGGGCCACAGCGUGACGGGGACCAUCGAGGCGAGCGUGGUGGGGGGCGGGAGCCCCGAGCAGCAGCAGCAGUGAGCAGCCACCCCUGCCCCGGACGCAGCAGGUGGAGCAGAGCGGAAGACCGGACUCCGGAAAGACUCUCGUCCCCUGGCCUGCCCGAUCGGAUGCCGAUGACUCGGGGGCCCAGGGGUCAGCGACAGUGGGUUUGGGGGACGUGAGCGGGCCAGGUUGCCCUCGAGGUGGGGGCGGGAGAGCAGAUCUGGGAGUGGGCUCGGCUGGGGUUGGAGAGUUUUCCAGUCGGAUGUUGAAUCCUUUGCCAGUAGCCCAAUUUGUGCCGGGCCCGCUCUCCUCCCUUGUCCUGUAGAGAACAGGCAGCUGGAAGCCCAGAGUCUGUGGCUCUGGCCUGGUUUGGGGGGUGGCCCAAAAUAGUGGUUCUUCAAAUUGUUUCAGCUGGAAGGGGGUGGAUGGGCAUGUGCCCAAGGUUUAGCCCCAAGAUGGAUCACCUCCUUUUCCCUGCUGCUUCUCGCCCCCCGCCAACCGCAGUCAGAGAAGUGGUGGGAUUGCAAAUCAUGGCCGGGCAGGUGACAUCGCUACUCCCUGGGACAAAUGGGCUAUCCCCUCGGACUUCCACUGCUCCCUGCACCCUCGGGAGGGGGAAUCUGGGCCUUGUUCUGAAGCCCAGCCAGGGCAGUCCAGUGUCUUUUUUUUUUUUUGACCAUGCAUCAGAGAGUUCCAGGUGCUUAUGAUUUUUCUGGCCCCUGAUAAUUAUACACUUUUUUGAGAGGUCCAGACCCAAUGUGGGUAGCCAAUAGUGCACCCUCUAAAGAGGGAGGAGGGUCUUGGAGGAAAGCAGGGAGCCCUGGUUCCCAUCCAGGUGCCUGUCUUCCUUCCUACAUUAUUCUUGACUCGCCUUUUCUCCCCGAGGGUCGGAGGUGUGAGGCCCUUGGGGCUUCCAGACUUCUGCAGGCCACGCUCUGGUCGGCCAGCUGCUUUCCUUCUGUCCCGAUGGGGGACAGGAGCCUUACCCAAACUCCCUGAGCUUCUCUCCUCCUUUACCCACCUCCGCCCCUCAUCAUGUCUGUGUUACGACCUAAGUCACGGGGGAAAACAAGAUUGUUUCGGGCAGGAGGUUUCUCGCUGGGGAUGUCUCCCGGUGUCGCAAGAAAGGGCAAGGGGAACAAAGAAUGUACUCCUCACCUCUUCCCCAGGCCUCACUACUGACUUCAGAACCCCGCUUUCUUGAGAACAAUUCUGACUUCUCAUCCUUACUCAAAUCUCAAAUCCUCUUCCGCCUUAGUGCCGCUUUCUCGGGCCACUGUCCCCACUGCCCUUUUCCUCAUUCCGUGGAGGAAAAAAAGGUCGUAGGGUCAAAUCAGGCAUCCCAGCCUCGUUUUCCAAAGGGGAGUUUGAUACAGGGGACGGUGAUGUGCCCAUCUGGCUGCAGGAAAUUUGAUGCCCGGAGAUCUGUUUCCAGACCUGUUGCCUUUCAUCCCUUAAAUUCCGUUUUCCGGGCAAUUUGAAGGACGCAUAGUUGUCUUUGUGGGGAAAGGGAGGAAUCCUAGGGUGGUGACUGGCAUUUUGUAAAGUCCCAGGGAGGAGGAGGAUCAUUUCCCCAGGCCCAGUUGAAGGGAUUUUGGAGAAUUCUGAAAUCCCGGGCCCAGCACAAAAUUAUUCUACUCGUCACAGGGCUCAACAGCAUUGACGUUGAGAAGGCAGGUUGAGGUCAAGCCUCCUGGAUCCCCGAAUGUUGGGGAACACAAGGUUGUGUAGCCUGCUGUUGUUGGAAACCAGAAGGUUGUGGUUUCUGGGGGUUGUGUUUCUUCGCCCACCAAAAUAUGGCUGGAGUCCAGUUCUGCGAGUGAAGUCCAGAAACCUGAGAAUUUUUCUGAAUUCUUGCCCUGUCCUCUUAGGCCUGGGGCGGAGUUGAUAAAGUGUGUUUUUUUUAUAUUUAUCUCGAUUUAGUCCUCUUCAUUCCCCACCCAUCAUCUUUUGCCUGCUUCCCUCCUCCCUUUAAGGGAAAUGGGCAGGGCUUGAAGACACGGCUGAGAACCCCCAAAACCUGCAGUUAAAGAAUCUGCGGUGGAUUCUUUUUUUAGGCUUGAGAUUCCAGAUUCGGAGGGUGGGGGAAUAAGCCCAUUGUGACUCAACGGCAUUUAGGCACUGGAAGAAGCAAAAGCGGCACUAUGGAGUGGAGGCUGGCGAUACCAGAGAUUCUUCAGGAAACUUCGGAGGGUGCCCCGUGGCUGUUGGAGGAAAGAAAGGACUAGCUAUUAAUAGCCUUGCUUGUGAUAGAGAGGGUCUCACAUUCUAAAAGCUGAAAUUCCAUUCCCACGUAGCUCUGGGAUAUAAAGGGCAAGAGCUCGGAACAGCUGUGGAGCUGGGCUUAGCUUCCAAGGAGAUUGAAAAGGGAUUGCUACCUCUAUACUCCUUUCAGACAGCAAAUUGUGUGUGUGUAUAUGUGUGUGUCUGUGAUUGCUCCCUCUGGCUCCAUCCAGGGUUCACAUGGACCAACCGCUUUCAGAGAGAGGUCUGGAGUUGCAGCGAGAAUCGAAGCGUUCCCAGAUUUUGACCCCAAAGUGCUUUUCCGGGCCUUGGCGUCGGUCCCAAAGGCCUGGAAGCCGCCGAAAGCUGAAGGUCUCUCGUUGGAGCAGCACCGGGCGAUAGCCCAUCAAAGACAAAAAUAGUUUUCUCCAACUGCCACGGACUUGGCUGGGCCUUUGAUAAAUGACAUUUUAUAAAUAAGGCCAUUUUCAGAACGUAGGAUUGCCCUUCGGAAAAAUGAUUCGUAGAAGGGGUCUGUCCCUUUACGUGCAUUGACUUGUUCCUGGAAAGAUUAGUCCUCCUGACUUCUGCCAGCAUUUGAUGGGUUUGAUGUAAACGAGACCCCCAAGUGAUUCUGACUCUUUUUAAAGGCAGAAACACAAUUGUGGGCAGCAGAGAAGAAACACCGUUUUCAAGACUAAGCAUUCCAGGUGUUGUGGGCUCAUAGACUCCAGGCCUAACUCAUCUAUUAGUCGGAGCUAGCAAGGUCAUGUUACUGGGCAUGGGAUUUGCCAUAUGCCACAGGAGAAGGUGGAGUGUUUCCGUGGCUGUCCGAUUUGUACGCAGCCUCUUUGCAGAGGAAGGACAAGUGUUUGGAGUUUGGAUAAUCUGAAGAGGCUGGACUGGGUUGGGUUUGAGGGUGGCGGGAUGUUGGAUCGCCAGAUACCUUCUUGACAUAGAUGGCACCCAAGGUUGCCAGGCUUUGAGCUGGGGGGUCUCCUGAGCUGGAAAGGGGGAUCCAUCCAUGUGGCUCUUGCCUUUCUCCACGUGGGUUGGCGUUCAUCGCCGAAGAGGAUCCCGAGCCAUGAGAAUGCCGCUGCUGGCGGCCGGGCCCGUCGGCUUCACUUCACUCUCAUCGCCAACAGGGCUGGUGGCCAUUUUCUGGAAUUCCUGGGAAUUCUGCUACGGGAUCCAUUGUUUCUGGGUUGGGAUACAAAAGGAAGAGCAGGUGUAGUUCUGAAGAUGUAGGCCGCGUGGGUCCUUGCAUACCGCAUCUCUCAGGAGCCUCAGUGGUGGACCGCAGUUCGGAUUCCCAUGUUCAGAGAAUUUAUGCGCCGAGUGAAACCUCCCUCCUGAAGUCGGAUAUCUUUUCUGCUUCCAGCUGAGAGCCCCAGGGGAUGAGAGAAGCCAGGACAAGGGAGCAGUUGACAAUUCCAAGGCAGAAAGGCCCCAAAACCUGGAAGGUUCCGAGCCAGCCUAUUGUAGUCGUCGUCUUUUCCGGGCCUGGAGUGUUCACUGUGCUGUAGCUAUAAUUUUCAGGCCCGAAUUCGCUCCGUUGUUUAGCGGAGUGCAGAGGAGAGCACUUUGUUUGUUCUGUUUUACUAACCACGUAUUAGGUCUCCAGUGAAUUAUUGUGGCAGCUUAAAUGGUAAAUGCUAGUUGGGCUAUUGCAGUAAAACAUGCCCACUUCCUGCAUCAGACACCCCCACGGAGGGUCAUUUGUGUGAGUGACUGAUUUAAAGGUUCCUGUCUGUUUUAUAUUGAGGCCGUAUGCGUGUAAACCCUUGUCCGGUUGAUGCCCUGCCUGUUUUUGUAUUGCGUUUUGGAGAGCACUGCCCUUUCCCCAAAAACCGUGUUCCCCAGACCCAUGGUGGUUUUGUUGUUACAGUUUAUUUUGUUUAAAAUAAAAUUCUUUACAUUUUUUUGGAG